CGAGGAAGUCUUCACGAAAACGCUCAGCAAGGGAUACCUCCGGUAAGCGUGGGAGAAGAGGCGGCUAGUGGAUGCAAACCUGGCAAAGUCUUUGGCCGUACUAGUUACGCAGUGAACCGAUACAGGGAGGGGGGUGGAAGCAAGGAGCACGCGUCGAAUAGGGAAGAAUGACACUGACUGAAGGGAGGAGGAGAGGUAACAGAUAAAGGGUCUUCGAUAGGAGAGAUGGACCCUCAUGCAGAUGUUGAGGAGGACGUACUUGAUGCAUCGACCGAUCGGAGGACUGGGCCUGGUGGGGUAUGCAGUGUUCAACGGGGUGUGCAUGGCGAGACCCACCAACGAGGUCAUCUAUCUGCAGAAUAUGUAUGCCAGAGCGCAUGUGGUGGCCUGCAAGUUGCUGGAGGGGGCAUGUAACUGGUCGCGCAAGACCAAGCGAUAAUGGACAUGCCAUCUGGAAGAGACAUGGAUGUUGGGAAGAGGGCUGGGCCGGGGGGAGAUAGACACAGAGGGAGACACAAUCGUCACGUACUUGGCACCGACUGUGGAGGUGAGGGAUUGGCUGAUAAAUUAAAGAAGAGCGGAGGAGCUGAACUUGGCGGGGGUGCACGGCCAAGUUAUGUUGCAGCCAUGGAAAUCACAGACAGAGAUGCUGGCAGCAAAAAUGGCAGAACGGAAACGAUGGCCAUGGGUGAAAGUAUACAAGCCAUCGCCCCUGGCGGCGAUGUGGACGCGGGGGCAGUGGAAUAUUUCUUUGGUCGGAUAGUGAGCGAGCAGAUGGUGGACGACAAAGAACCAGAGUAUGCAAGAUACGUCAUUGACAGCCCGAUGAGGAAUCCCUUGGAGAACAGCGUGGCGGUGGCCACAGGACCAUACAACUUUGAGGAGGUUUGGGCCAUCACGAGUGAAAAACUCUUUUGCAUGGUCUAUUUUAUGCACGGCUACAUUGGGUUGCAUGGAAGAUGCGUAUUGCAAACUGAAACACGGCAAGAGCUCCAUGAUAGGGAGGUUAGGAGCACUAUGGACCCCAUUCUGCUAUCUGACCCACAGGUUGAGAGAAGAGCCUGGCACGACCUCGAGCUCCAAGUGGAUAUACUACUGUUUGAGGCGAUGACAGCAGCAGCACGGGAAUGGGGAGUGGCAGCCGGGCCGACAAGAAUGCAACCACGGCGAAGGAGGGCGAGGGAUGGGGGGGCUACCGGCGAAACGUUUCAUGGGACGGUUGAGAAGACAACCCCAUGCAAACGGACAAGACGAGAGGGCACUCGCGGCGCAUUAAGACGAAAGUCGGCGGAAGAGGAUAAAGGUGGGAUGUCCUGUGGAGCAACCCCUGGCCCGUCGGCAAUACACUACCUCCAGGAGGAGUCCCCGCAGCAGGAAAAAAAGGGAGGAAAGGAAGGAAUGGACAACGAGGAGGCGGUUGGAGGAAGGGGGGGGGGGAACACGAGAGAGCAGACCAGGGUCUCAGAAAGUGAGGAGAGAUUGAUGGGAGGGCAGACGGGAGGAGAGGGAACAGAGAUGGCAAAGGAAAGAGGGUUAAUGGAAAAGGAGGGGAGCGGAGGGGGAUGGGUGGUAGGGCAGGAGAAAGGGGAGCAAAUGGAGAUGGAGACAGUAAAGGACGAGUCCGAGGAUGAGGGGAGGCAGAAUCAGAUGCAGGAGGCCGACCCCCUCCAAGCAGCCUUCGGCCUUGAGCCAAUGGAGGUCGACCCUCUCCCGGUAAACUUAGCCACCGUGCCCGGGGAAUUACCCAAUGAAGGGGCCGACGAGGAAGGAGCCCCGCCAGCGCAGCUCCCCCCGGAACAGAAGUUGGUUGCGGGUUGGCUGAUGGCCAACCUAAAGGCAAAAUACGGCCCUCUCACUGAUGAAUUAUGGGACCAAACGUACCUGGAGCUCUUCCCCAUGCUUGACAAAAGUACCUCACUCUUAAAUGUCCCGCAAAAUGGACUGCAACCCGGGGUCAGCUGGACAGAGGUAUGGCACAGAGUAGCCACAAUAGUUUCUGCAAGGUUUCUCCCUCCACAUCCGACCACAAUGGAGGAAGAGAGGCAAGGCGGAAUGCAGACCGCAAUGACGAGUGACCAAGAGAGGCAAGGCGGAAUGCAAACUGCAGCGACGAACGACCAGGCAAAUGCAGCACAGACUGCGCAAAUUUCAGCCCUUCAGCCGCGGGACUCCCCGCCGGAGCCAGACCCGCCGGACCCGGACGAGAAUAUGCCACUGGAUUUGGUGCGAAAGAAAAAACUGAGGCAUGUGAUUGAGAUGGGCCAGGAUACACAACCCCUAUCGCAGGCAGCAAUGUGGCUGCUUCCAGUCCGAAAGAGAACCGGCAAAUGGGAGUUUGGUCUGAUACCAGUCGAGGAGGGCAAAGCAAGGGGGGUAACGAUACAGGGCUGGUCUUCUUUUUGGGCAACUACACGACAGGGCCAGUCGGAGGCGGUAAAUGGGAUCCUGCAAUUACAACUUGAAUCGCACAUUGCUGAAUCCAUGCCACCAGGGGCAAAGCUAUAGCGGCGCGGACAGCGGACACUGACAGUAUCUCGCAAAGAGACAUUUUUAUCCGCUACGACCCGGCCAAAG